AUGGCCCAGCCUCAGCCAUCACCAGCGACUCCUGGGGCCUUGGCCCAAUCCCUCUUCGGUGGGCCGGCUGCUCAGGCCCUAUCGACACCCAACCAGCCUUCAAACACAUCCACGCAACCUUCGCCCUCUCCGAUGGACCAAACUCCGGGUUCAGCAGCGUCAAGCAACAACACGUACAUCAUGCCCAACUCUCCCAUCAAGAGUAGAGGUACCUUGGAUGGCUAUCGUCCAAGGGUAACAAGGACCUUAGGCCAGCGACCAGCUUGCCUUGUCAACGCCUCGGUCACCUAUUGUGGCAAUAAUCACAUCUACGCUUUCGGAGGCUUCGAUCAGUACACCGACGAAGUCUACAACCAUGUACUCAAGCUGGAUUUGGUCAGCCACCAGUGGAGUUUGGUUGACAACUACGGCGAUAUUCCCGGCGUAAGAAUGGGUCAUACUGCCACUCUAUACCAAGGUGAUAAACUUCUGGUCUUUGGCGGCGAAAACGAGCACCGGACCUAUCUCUCCGACCUGAUCAUUUUUGAUCUGAAAACUGCGCACUGGACACAACCCUCGGUAACUGGUCCCGUGCCCAAGGGUCGAGCAAGACACGCAGCAGUCCUACACGAGGAUAAGCUGUUCAUCGUGGGAGGCAUAACUGGCCAUGAUAACUACGUUCUUGACGAUAUCUGCUACCUCGAUCUCAAGACCUUCACUUGGUCCCGCUCCUGGCGUUUCGUAGGUCGAUUCGAUCACUCUGCCUACAUUUAUGGAGACAGAGUAUGGGUCUUUGGCGGAUUGUCUGAGGACAUGGACAAGAUUGGCGAUCUCUGGUGGCUCGACCUCAAGGGUAGUCCGGCUUUUGAUUCCGCACCCCACGUUGGGAUAUACGACCGUCAAUCUGGCACCAGCCGCGCUGUUGGAUCGCCAAGACAACCUUAUUCUAUGGCGCAUCCACCACCUGCAGUCGGCUCUUCAGGGUAUGCCGCCAACUCGCGGACUCAACAAGUCAACCCACCUUCUUUUCAGCUUAAGACCUUUUCACCCAUGGCCCCAGGAACAAUUUCGUCUCUGAAGUUCAUUUCUGGACCCAACAUCCCCUCACAAGGGUCCGGCAUACACUUCCAUGUGUACUCAUCGGGCACGCUACUUGACUUUGUUACACCGGCUGCAACUAUCACUUCCAAGGAGUGCUCCUUAUCAGCACUGGACCUGGGAACUUUGCGAUGGCAAAAGCUGGCUGAGGGCCGCGAAAUCUUCAAGUCAGGCUAUCGAUGGCACUACUGUACCAUGAACGAGGACGGAACCAAGGCAUGGCUGCUUGGAUGUCCUACCGACCCUGUCGCUUCGGACUUGGGCCCCAACGGGUUCGAAGAAUACCUGAGUGGCACUGACUUCAUCGUCACGGCCCUGGAGGGCGACUAUGAAGACGAUGACAUAAUGUCUCGUGUCACAGAUGCGUCUGCAGGUCAAAAUUGGCUCGCGCCUGACGCUCCUACGUCCCAACCAAUCCACGUCCACAAGCUUAUUCUUCAGGCUCGUUGGCCACACUUUGCUCGGUUAUACAACUCCCAGAUGGCGGAAUUCCACACAAAGAAGAUGCACAUCCCCGAGCCAUACUCAGUGGUCAAGGCUUUCCUUUAUUACCUAUACACGGACAGCAUACAUGGAACGUCUGUCAACGAGAGCGGUGCCACCACUGAUUUGUCUGACGUGGCUGGGCUUCUCGUCAUGUCGAACAUUUAUGGUAUUCCGCAUCUGAGACUUUUGUGCGUGAACCGACUCUCCAAAGAACUCGAUGUUGACCAUGCCUGUGUCAUCUGGCACUGUGCUGGACUAGCGAACGAAGAGUGGCUCCGCAAGCGGGCUGCACAGUUCUGUCUCACACACUGGGGUCGUAUCGUACGAACCCAAGGGUUCCUUCGCCUGCCACGGUCAGCGCUUGUUGAACUCUCUCAGGAAAUCGACAUGGAGGGCCGCGUCGUCGGCGGUGAUGAACUGGAAUACGUCGGCGGGUUAGCAGGUUCCCGGUUCGGAGAUGGGUGUUCUGUCGUCAGCCGCAAGGAGAGUGUGAGCAGCAACCACACGCAGCUACUUGACAGCGAAGCCGACGACGAAGACGGCAUGGAGAUGAGCUAA